UUGUGUCCCGGGUGCUUGAGAGUCCGACGGACUUGGAGCGCUGCGCCCACCGCAGGGCCUCUACGGGAGAGGGGCGCGAGCCGGGCCGGGGGGGCCCUGAGUGCCGUCGGCCUCCCUUCCGGUCGUCCAGCAGACCUUACUGCAAAGAUGAAACCUGAUGAAACUCCUAUGUUUGACCCAAGUUUACUCAAAGAAGUGGACUGGAGUCAGAAUACAGCUACAUUUUCUCCAGCCAUUUCCCCAACGCAUCCUGGAGAAGGUUUGGUUUUGAGGCCUCUUUGUACUGCAGACUUGAAUAGAGGUUUUUUUAAGGUACUGGGUCAGCUAACAGAGACUGGAGUUGUCAGCCCUGAACAAUUUAUGAAAUCUUUUGAGCACAUGAAGAAAUCUGGGGAUUAUUAUGUUACAGUUGUGGAAGAUGUGACUUUAGGACAGAUUGUUGCUACAGCAACUUUGAUAAUCGAACAUAAAUUCAUCCAUUCUUGUGCUAAGAGAGGAAGAGUAGAAGAUGUUGUUGUUAGUGAUGAAUGCAGAGGAAAGCAGCUUGGCAAAUUGUUACUAUCAACCCUUACUUUGCUAAGCAAGAAACUGAACUGUUAUAAGAUUACCCUUGAAUGUCUACCACAAAACGUUGGUUUCUAUAAAAAGUUUGGAUAUACAGUAUCUGAAGAAAACUACAUGUGUCGGAGGUUUCUAAAGUAAAAAUCUUAAAGACAUUGUCAAAGGAGCUAAUGCAGCAAGGCUGUACUCUUCUAGAGUUAAAAUAUUUUGUUGCUACAACCCAGUGACCUCCAUAAAUACUGGAUUGAAAAAACAUUGGAAUACAAGUAUAAUGACAUUUAGAAGAUUACUGUGGGCUGGUGGGGGCUGCUGUGAGUUUAGAUUACAAAUGGAUAUUAUAAAAGGGAUGAUUUUUAACCAAAGGAAUAUAUUUUUAACUUGAAUCUUUUCUUGCAUUGUAUUUUUCUAAAGUUUGGCUUCAUUUCUUGGUGGUCAAGAGUAUAUGUACUAAGGAGUUAUAAUGUCUGCCAGCUGUACUGCUCAUUAAAAAAACAUACAAUGAA